AUGGCUUCAAUAGCAUCUCGAAGACUCGCAAAGGAGCUGCGAGACAUGCAGACAAAUGGCUGUCCAGCAGGGAUCGAGUGUCUCUCCGCAGAUGGCGACAGAUGGAUCAUGGGUAUCGAAGUUCUUGGGGAUUCAAUUUAUACUGGAGAAAAGUUUGCGUUAUCGUUUCGGUUCGAGCCACAGUAUCCCAUCUCGUCGCCAGUGGUCACAUUCAUCCCAAAUUUCGUGCUUCCAGCAGAGUCUACGUCGACCUCCUUCAAUAGAAACACAGUGUAUACAACCCCAAUACAUCCUCACGUCUAUUCAAAUGGUCAUAUAUGCGCAUCUAUCCUCGGGCCAGAAUGGUCGCCUGUACUCACCGUCGUUUCGGUAUGCAUAACACUCCAAUCCAUGCUCGCUAGCUGCAAGAAAAAGGAGCGGCCAGUGGACAACGAUCGCUAUGUUCGGAACGCGCCGGACAAUCCCAAGAAGACUCGCUUCCAUUACGAUGACGAUACAAUGCCAAACCCCGCCGUCAUUGCUCGCUUUGAAAGAUCUCGUGCUCUCUUCAGAGCCGAGUGCGCAAAGCCAGAGCCAGCAGACUUAUUUGAUCGUCAGAGUUGGGCAAUGGCAGGAGUCCAUCUCAUCCUUGUCGAGUCCAUGCUGUCCACGUACCAAAAGGCGGAAAGUAUAGCCCCGAAAGACGAACAAGCCUUUGGAUUCUAUGCGCUGGUGACUAUAGGGGGCGUAGUGACCCAUCACAGGGAAGAAGAGGAAGAGUACAUUCCUCGACUUCAGCCGGAACUGGUCACACCCAUUGUCGAUGAGCACCACCUUUUUAUAGGUCCCUUGCACGAGCUUGAAGAAUACCUCCUCUCGUUUAAUGGGCUAAAAGUCGACAAAUCUGCACAUAGAUAUAUUCCAAGCGGACAGGCCAAGGGCACCAGGCCCAAGUACGACGGCAAGCGGAUCGCAGAGACAAUCGAGAAAUUCUCCGAGCCGAUGCUUGAGCAUUUGGAACACGAGCUCACGUACAUUUCCGGGGAUAAUCUGCGUAAAUGCAAGCUCCCUCUGUCCAAACUCGAACAAUGGACAGAAUAUGAAAGGACCAUCUUGACGAAAAUGGACCCCUUUAUCGCACCAGUCUUUGUCGUUGGUCAUACACCGCCCAACAGCCAUUUCCCUCCGCUUCCUUUUGGGUUCAGACAAUUUCUGAUUCCAUAUGUUUUCUGGUGGAAGCAUCGCAAGGCUUGGAAGUUUAUUCCUCCACAGGAGAGACUCUGA